AUGAAUUAGAAAGAAUCAAAUACAGAAAUUUAAAAGUAAAAAAGACAUUUUGAGAAAAAAUAGAGAAAACUAGCCCUUUCAAAAUCUACAGAUUAUAUGAUGGAUGAUAAUUUGAAUUAAUUUUUAGAGCUCUAUAAUAAAAAAGAUGAGCUUAAUGAAACUGAAAAAAAAGAAUAUUUCAAAUAAAAAAACAAGUUAACAGAAGCUUAUAUUUCAUAAUAUCGUUUAUUAACAUAGGGUUGGUAAACUUAAAAAUAGGAAAAGUUGCAAAAUGGAAAGGGAGAUAAUAAAAUUAUACAAUAUAAAAAAAAACAUAUUCUUGAUGAAUGA